AUAGGUUGCUUUCUCGAUCCUAUAGUGAGGCCCGUUAGUGCCCUUUACCAACGCCUUAUGUCAAAAACGCCUUUUUCAACUGACAGCUACUUUGGCUUAAAAAUUAAAGUUCGUUUUGUGAAUUGUCUUUCAAAAAUAGUUAAUAAUGGCAUAUUUAUUUCAACCUGACUACGUACGAUACGCAUGCAAUUGUGGAUCAAUAAAACCUGUGUCUAAAAUUUACUUCUGUCGACACUGUUUGAAGAUUCGAUGCGGUUAUUGUGUUUGUCAUGAGGUUGACUCUCACUACUGUUCUAACUGUAUGGAGAAUCCACCGUCACCCGAAGCUCGACUGAAAAAAAAUAGAUGUAUGAAUUGCUUCGACUGUCCUUGCUGUUUUCAAACUCUGUCAACAAGAGCUGCACCUGCACCUGUGAGAACUGCAGGAAAUCAAAAUAAGGAGGAUGCUGCACCAACCCCAAAAAAAGUUUACUAUUUGUCUUGUUCUUUUUGUCGCUGGACAUCUAGAGAUGCUGGCAUUCCAGAUCAGUUCGUAGCAACUGGAGGAUGGCCAGAGCAAGAAAAUCCACACUCAUCGUGCAUUGGAGCCCUCAUAGAAUAUCAUAGAAUUCUGGGUUCAAAAGAGCGCCAGCAAUGCGAGCGUAAAAAAUUUUAUCCCAAGCGCACUUUCAUGCAGUUUGAAAAAUUUGGGAUGUCUUCUGUUAUGAUUCGCAAGCGUGCUGGGCUUCGUCCACCUUCAGAAUCUCAGUCAAGUGACUACCCACUUCCUGCUAUUGCAAGUGAAGACGUGGAAGAACUUUCACCAGAUAUUUUCACGCGACCACUUGAUAUUACUAAAAUAACCACUCUGGAGCAACGUCUUAAAUACCCGGAAGUUCAGGCUGAGGAAAUGACCAACUUGCGGCCAAAGCACAAGCAAUUUCUGGUGAAACGUUCCCAACGUUGUAGAGUAUGCGAACACAAUGUAUGUAAGCCAGAAAAAAGUCCACAGUCAAUAAAAUUCAAGAUUCAACUAGCCGCCUUUUAUCAUGUCCCUGAAGUGCGUAUUGUGACCUGCGAGCCACUACGAAUUGGACAAUCAAGCGAAUUGCUUUUGAAACUCUGUAAUCCCACUCAACAUCAGACGCAGAUAAUGCUCUUUCCAAUUUCUUCUCCAACUACACCUACCACUACCACUGCUGUGGGUAUAAAGCAGAAUGUUGAUCGUGAGAAUUUACAAAUGGGCUGUGAGUCUCCAAACCUCUUGCCUUCGUUGGUACGUCAAGUAGCAAUUACUGAAGAUCCAAAACCAAUCAAACUAGAGCCAGAGGCUGAAAUAACACUGCCGGAGAGCACGCUAAUUCUUCCACCCAGAGAUGAUGCAGCUGAAUAUGAUGACACCGGAGAUACACAUAACUUUCAGGAUGAUCCAAAGCUUGUCGUGUGGAGAAAAGGUAACAAGGCAGUGAUCAGACUUCACGUCAAACCGAACGAAGCUCAGCAGCUUGAGGAGGGCCAAGAUAUAACAGUCGGUUUCGUGAUGCAAUAUGAAUACGUGAACACCAUUGCAACUCUAGAGCACAAGGAGCCCCAAAAACUAGAUUUAAAAAUCAAAUUAUUUCUAAGCAUUGGAAAAUUACUCGGUUCUACUUAAGUGCAGUUAGAAAUUGUCCUAUAUUGUGAGAUGUCAUUAUGAAUGAUUACUAAGCUUUUAUAAAAUUCGGCACUGCUUUGUAUUUACUAGCUCAUUUUAUUUUAGUCAAUUGAUUUCGACACCAAGAAACCAACCAAGAAAUGCAGCUCAAUGUCAUGCAUACUCGUAACCGACUGCUAAUAUAAUGUAAUCCAACACAUCUGUGCACAUUAAUAAAGAUAUAUACGUCAUAACAA